UCCGGCUCACCGUCCCCUUCACCCCGCAAAUGGUUCUUGCAUAGCACGGUUUCGCUUCGAUUCUCUGACUUGCUCUAAAGUCGAACCAAGUCCGUCGGCAUCCCAUCGCGUCGCCGUCACCUCAAAAAUAUUAAGAUCACAAUCACCUCUCUGUCACUAAGGCAAGAUAACAACUCCUCGCCUCAUCGACCUUUUUUGUACACCUCCUAUCCGCAAGACAACAACUCCUCGUCUCAACAUGACCCGAAGCAAAGCCCCUAAUGAAGGUGGCGAUGAGCCUCAUUUCCCGAAUCUGACCAAGGUCCUAGAGGUUUCUCCGACUACGCCCAACUAUGUUCUUCCGAACAAGGCUUCCGGAAGCGCCUCGACUGCCAGCCCAAAGCUUGCCUCAGCUGGCAGUUCAAGAUCCACCCCAGUCACGACCAAGGCUCUUCCAUCUGAUGCUGAGGCCACCCCCAAGGAUUGGGUAAAGUUUGGCAGUAAGCUGCGCAACGAACUGGCUCAAUCUGACUUUGAGCAAGAUGAUGAUGCUACCCCGAAGAUCCGAAACCUAUGGGAUACGGAUUCUGAUCCAGAUCCAGAUCACGACCACGAAGACCGCGAGGAAGCCCCGACUGGUCCCGCCAAGCGUGGCAGUGAGUUCCGCAACCCAUACCUCGACCAUGACCGUGAGGAUGGAUCCACUGAGCCGUCCAACCCCGGCAAUAGGCCGCAUGACAAGUUCGAGACAAUUUCAGUCCACACGGCUAAGUGUGACCAGUGUGGAGGCCGCAACAAAAAGGUUGUUCAGCGAUGCAAGAACUGCAAUCUCCAAUUCUGCCGUGAAUGCCUUGAGAAGAACCAUGACGGACAACAUUUCGCCAAUGUCGAGGCUUUGGACUGGACACCCAAGCCAAUGAUCCGUAGCAAGCGUACAAAUGAGGAAACCAAGAAGAAGAAGGCAGCGGUCACAAAGGCUGCAGCAAGCAAAGCCCCGAAGCAUGUCCCUCCACUAUCAUGAUAUUUGGCCGUGCUAACUGGUUUGUUUCUAGGAAAGCCUCCCCUGCUGUUCCCACCCGAGCUCCUAGCGAGAGAGUCCAAAUUGCCGAAGCCCGCCGACGAAGCACUAUCCCAGCUGACGAUGACAUGAUCGGCCAUAUGCAUGAGGAAGUCCCCAGACGUCGUCAACGCUUCGAUGAUUUCGAAUAUAAUGAGGGUGUGCCCAGCAAGUUCAAGCGUCAUUACAGCGAUGACGAGGAUGAUGAUAGGAUGCCAAAGAAGCCGAGAGGUGGACUUGAAGUUGAUCCUGAGUACACUUAUGGAGAGUAUUCUGAUGAAGACUUUGCUGAGGCCAAAGCCAGAUAUACUCAUGAACGCCGUCGUCCUAGAGAUCCCCAUGAGGACAUUGAACGAUCCGGCUCGAGACAAAGCAUUAACCGUGCUCAGCCGAUGGG